AUGAUUUUUAAAUCAAAACUACCUAAUAUCGAAAUUCCAUCUACUGGAGUUUACCAAUAUAUAACGAGUAAUCCUAAUAAUGUUCCCGAAAAUAAGGUUUUAUUUAUCGACGGGACAACAGAUGAAAAGAUAACUUUUGGUGAAUUUAAAAGUAAAAUAAAGAGAUUUGCUGCUGGAUUACACGAUAAAGUUGGGUUUAAACGAGGAGAUGUUUUAGCGAUCGUUUCUCCUAAUCAGGUUGAUUAUCCCGUUGUAAUUUUUGGUGGCAAAGUGUCUCCCGUUAACCCAAAAUAUACUGUCUCCGAGUUAUCAUACCAAUUCUCCGCUUCCGGAGCUUCUGUAAUAAUUUCUCAUCCUUUAUGCCUCUCUGAGACUAUCGAAGCUGCUGCCGAAGCCCAAAUUCCUCGUUCCCAAAUCUUUUUAAUUAACGACAAAGAGGUCAAUGGAAUUCAACCAUAUAACACAUUAUUUCUAGAUCGAGAAUUUGAGCCCAUAGAAUAUACACCAGAGGAAGCUAAGCAUACUACUGUAUUUUUAUGUUAUAGCUCGGGUACUACUGGAAAAAAUAAAGGCGUUGAGACUACACACUCAAAUAUUGUCGCAAAUGUAAAGCAGAUAGUUGCUUUUGAAUCAGGUUUUGAUCAAAAUAAAAUUUUUAUGGGUGUAGUGCCAUUCUAUCAUAUUUACGGAUUAACUGCUCUUCUCCAUGCUUCUUUAUUCUUGGGUGCCACGACGGUAUUAAUCCCGAAAUUCGACUUAACAACACUCUGUCGCGUAAUUCAGGAUUACAAGGUUAAUUACGCUCAUCUUGUGCCACCAAUAAUUCUAUUAUUGGUCAAAAGCCCCAUUGUUAAGGAAUAUGACUUGUCGAGUUUGCGAGUGAUUGUUAGUGCAGCUGCUCCUCUUAGUAAAUCUUUGGUGGACGAUUUGUUUAGCAUUCAUAAUAUUCUUGUCAAACAGGCAUAUGGACUCACUGAAACAUCACCGUUUGUCAGCUGUGCUGACGAUAAUAAAUCCGCUAAAUGCUCCGUUGGAAUGCUGCUACCGAACAUCGAAGCUAAGAUAAUAGCGGAAGAUGGACAAG